AUGGCAGUGCUCCUGAUCUUUUACGCUCUCCUCAUCCUCGCCCUCGUCGGCAUCGCCAUCUACGAGCACGUCACCAUAGCAACGCUCUCCCUCCCCGUCUCGCCAGCCCUCACAAUCCUCGCCAUCCUCCUCCCGCUCCUCUCCCCGCUCACGACCCUCACCGCGCCUCUCCUCCUCCACCGCCAACCCGCCCGCACCCGCACCCGCAAGCUUCCCCCCUCCACCACAACCGCAACCACCACCAGCAGCACCACCACCCUCCUCCCAGCGCCCUUCACCCCGCCUCUAGUGCUGCACCUGCUCCAACUAAUCCUCACCACCAUCCUCCUCACCUCCCUCACUUACCCGCUGCUCUCAGACCUGGACUGCCCCCUCGCGACGCGCUGGCGCGCGCUCUUCCGCGCGCACGAUGCCCGCGCCGUCCGCGCCGUCCAGGACGCGCUCGCCUGCUGCGGCCUGCGCUCGCCGCGCGACAUGGCCUGGCCGUUCCCGCGGGCCGGGGGCGCGGGGGCCGACGCGUGCGAGACGCAGUUCGGUCGGCACGCGGCGUGCCUGCCGGCGUGGGAGGCGGUCUUGAGGCGCGCGCUGGGCGGGGAGGUCGGGGUUGUUGCUGCUGUUGCGGCCGUGCAGGUGCUGGCGGUGAUGAUGGCGGCUAGGGGCGGGGUGUGGAUGUCGAGGGGGUGGGGGAGGGGUUGGGAUUGGGGUUGGGGCCACAGGGAUGGGGAUGGGGAGGAUGGGGAUGAGACGGGCCCGCGGGGGAGUAGGAGGCCGUUGUUGACUGCUCCUGCUGCUGAUGAUGAUGCGGCUGCGCGGGUGAGGGUGGAUGAGGAGGAGGGGGAGGCGGGUCGGGGUGGAGGGACAGAUGACGAAGGCGAGCAGGAGGUUGCGCAGCGGGGGCGAGGCGAUGGGUACGGGGCUAUUGGAGGAGGAGGCAGCGGGCCGAGGGUUGAGCCGGCGCAUCACGAUCCUUGGGCUGGUGUGGAGAGGGGUUAA